AUGCCGCCCUCGAUACUCCUCACCGGCGCCUCUGGCUACCUUGGCGGCACCAUCCUCUCGCAGCUACUCAAUCCCCACGGCACCAAAGCAAUCCUUUCUCGGUCAGCCUACAACAAGAUCUACUGCCUUGUUCGCAACGAUGUUCAGGCUGACUCGCUGAACAAGUGGGUGGCGGCCUCGUCGAAGGCCGGGAAACACCAAGACGGCGGUGGCAUCGAGCCAAUCAUGUUCGACUAUCUCAAUAUCGAUGAGGCAGAACGAACGCUGCGCGAGAAAGGUAUCAGUGUGGUGUUCUAUUUGAUCGAUGCGUUCUCGGACAAGGGCCAGAGACCAUUGAUCGAGGCCCUGGGAAAGGUCAAGUCGUUGGUCGGUGGCGAUGUGCAUUUUCUGCAUACGACCGGAGCGAAGAUCUUCUCAUCGCAUACCGGCACACCAAUAGAUCGGCCGUUGCAUGACGACGAUCCGGAACUGUAUGAAAUCCAGAAGAAGUCGAAGGCGCCGUUGGACAAGAUGCAGGUGCCCGUGGACACAAACAACACGGUGAUCGAGCUUUGCGAGAAGUAUGGCGUGAAGUCAUAUAUCUUUGCGCCGUGCAUUGUUUAUGGGCGAGGAGAAGGCUUCGGAAACCCGAUCUCGAUCCAGACCAAGGCGAUCGUACAGUGCGCGAAAGCUUUGAGGCGGGUAUAUGCUGUUGACGAGGGAGAGCCGUCAUGGCCAGUUUGCCACGUGGUAGACACCGCGAGUCUCUACCUAUUCAUCCUCUCCGCGAUCCUCUCCGGUUCCAAUCUACCAUCAGGAAAACAAGGCUAUUAUCUCGCGUCCCCUGGCGUCGUGAAAUGGAUCGACCUCUAUCGGUCCAUGGCCAAACAUCUCCUCAAAGCUGGAGUCAUCGAUACGGAUGAGGUUGUUCUCGCCGACGAGAAGAUCCUCGAGGAGAUGGCGAAGGCGUUGCAGUGCGAGCCGAGUUUUGUGGGCGUGCAAGUGGGUGGCAUGUGUACGUUCCAGGCGCGUAACGGGCAGAAGAUUGGAUGGGCUCCGGAGUUCAAAGCAAAGCAUGCGUUAGCGGAGGGGGCCGAGGAAGAGGUCAAGUUGCUAUUGGCGAACAUGAAGUGA